UGUACGAGUUUACUUAAUCGAACUUCGAUCCUUCAGCUGCGUUUUUCGAAAGAGCGAGUCACAGUUUAUGAAAGGCGGGGACCGGCUCAUUGUUCAAUAUUCAUGCAUGUGUCCGUGACGGCUGGCGCGAUAUAGUACGACAAACGCGGCUAUCGCGGCAUUUGACAGUUGUCUUUGGUCAAUCGUGGUGCACGGUGUCCGCUAAGUUGCCUAUCAUGUUCAACAUAUUAUCAUGCGAUAUCUGCUCGUCGCUCGGGCUCGCAGUGGUGUUCUUCUUCGUGAUGCUCUUCGCCCUGAGUGUGAGUGAAAGCUUCAAGUAUCGAUCAAAAUUCACUUUCUUUAUACUGGCGAGCGCUAUAGCUGCAGGAAUAUGGAUACCUUUCAUGUUCUGUCGCAUGAGAAGUUGGAAAAACGCAAUUAUGCCGGCCCGUGGGGUGGUGAUAAUAGCUAAGAUGCUCGGGAUCAAUUACCAUUUGCGCGGAAGAGAGAACAUCGUCAAAGAUACAGGCUGUGUCGUGCUCAUCAAUCAUCAGAGCUCCUUGGACCUUUGUGUUCUAGGUAAAUUGUGGCUGUCGAUGGACCGAUGCAGCGUCAUCUCCAAAAAGGAGAUUCUGUAUCUGGGACCAUUCGGUCUUGCGUGUUGGCUUUGGGGAACAGUAUUCAUCAAUCGCGGCAACGUCGAGGAGUCUCGUCAGACUAUCAACGCCACAGCGGAAUCGAUCCGCCUGACGAAGCGAAGACUCCUUCUGUUCCCUGAGGGACACCGCCACUCGAACAACACUUUGCUUCCCUUCAAGAAAGGCGCUUUCCAUGUCGCGAUCAAGUCGCAAAUGCCGAUUCAGCCGAUUGUCGUGUCGAAGUACUAUUUUCUAAAUGACAAGCGUAAACAGUUCCAUUCAGGAAAUAGUUACAUCACGAUCUUACCGCCCAUUCCUACCACCGGUAUGACCAAGGAUGAUCUUCCAGAACUAAUGCAGCAGGUAUAUACGGUCAUGAACACAACUUUCGUGAAAUCUACACGCGAGUGCUUCGCCGAUCACAUAGAAGAGGAGAGCCUAAAAGACGAGUGAUAUGGCGAGCAUGAGACAUGGACGUUUGAGCGAGCUUAGUGCGAUUGAAUGAUGAAUUUGCGACGAAGGCCGAUUUACAAAAAUAAAUUUUUAUCGCGUCAUCAUCCCUGCGGAAACGGAUACUCGCAUAUGCGAUUUGUUCUUUUUUUCUUACACGACGUGUAUAUGUAUCAAAGACACACACAGAUUUCAAAUCGUUAUUUGAAAUCCUCAUAUCUCCCAGCAAAUCGACGAUUACUGUUUUCUUCGAUCCCUUUCGUUGUCCCCCGAUUAUAACCUAAUCUUAAAUAACAAAAUGUCUAAAAGACGGCUUAGAGAUGUUUAAGAGAUAUUCUACUUGUUUUAAAUUGCCUUCUUAGAUGUCUCCAAGAGUCUCUAAGACUUGUGCUGUUUGCGAGAAGCUUAAAAUAUUUCACAUUAAUAAGUGUUCUUCCAUUAACUCUAUGUAAGAUUUUAUCCUUCAGAAUAAGAAGAAUCUACCGAAGCUCAAAUGAUACUUUACUAAGGAUGCAAUCUGUAAUUUUUAUACUUUGUGGCAACAAGUGAUUUGUUAAUCGAGAGAUUUUGUCUCCGCGUCGUCGCGCAAUACACAACAAAUAUUUUGUAUAAUGAAUAUACGUUGAAUGUGAAACUGUUA